AACAACAUUCUGGUGACCACCAAUAUACCGAUAUUACACACCGACGGGCCGCCUCGCACAGCAGGACGUCGUUUCGGUUCGUAGGAACUUGUAACUUGUCAGCAUGGGAGGAAAGUAAUCGCUAGAGAGUUGGAAGACUUGUGUUUCUCCGUGAGGUUCAGGCAUAAAAACCCCUCUGAGAUCAUUCGAUCUCUUCACUUCCUUCCCUCAAGUUGGAUCUCCCGUAGUACAGACUAUCAACGAUGCAAUCCCUCCUUGCUUUCACCAUCCUCGCUACAGUUUUCUCUGGCGCAUUGGCCAGUCCGACCAAGGUCGAUACAGCCAAACGCGCAACAUGCACUGUCGACAGCGUUAGCACUGCCUCAGACUUGACCGACUGCACCAGUGUUGUUAUCACUGCUUUCGAGGUCCCUGCCGGUGACACUGUUACUAUCAAGGCCGCUUCUGGUGCUUCAAUUGAGAUGACGGGCUCUGUCGAAUUCGCAUUCACGUCCACUUCGGGUCCUCUCUGGACUUUCGAUACUACAGAUGCUACGUUUACUGGCAACGGCUUCAGCUUCAAAGGCAAUGGCGAGCUUUACUGGGAUGGAGAGGGAACCAGCGGCGGCACCACCAAACCUCACCCACUCAUUAAAUUCGAGGGUUCUGGAUCGUUCACCGACUUGAUCAUUAAGGAUUCUCCUGCACAUGCUAUUUCCGUCGGAACAACCGGUACCUCCUCAUUCACCAACAUCCUUGUCGACAAUUUGGAUGGCGCUUCUUUAGGAGCGAACACCGAUGGAUUUGACGUCUCUGCUAGUGAUGUCACUUUCAGCGGAAAUACCGUUUAUAACCAAGACGAUUGUGUCGCUAUCAACUCUGGUAGCAACAUUGUUUUCGAGAACAACUUCUGCUCUGGGGGACAUGGUAUCUCCAUUGGUUCUAUCGCCACCGGCAAGACCGUCUCCGGAGUGACGAUUUCUGGAAACACCGUUACUGAGAGCAUGUACGGAAUGAGAAUUAAGGUCGACAGUGAUGCCACGGAUGCCUCCGUAUCAGAUGUUACCUAUUCCGGAAACACAAUCUCUGCCAACGACAAGUACGGAUUCCUCAUCAGCCAGAGUUACUCUGAGGACUUUGGAACACCUGGAACUGGCAGCACAAUCUCUGACAUCAACUUCACUGGAAGCAAGACCACGGUCACUACAAGUGGCAAUUACCCUCGUGUCGGGGUUGACUGUGGUAAAUGCACCGGUACUUGGAACUGGGCUGAGAUUGACGCAACUGGUGGCGAAUCCUCUGACCUUGUUCUCGGUGGUGGCGUCGUCAUUUCAGGUGGAACUUACUGA